CCUGAGGGAGGGGUCGUCCUGCGGGCAGCCGGAGACUGAGGGGGCUCGGGAACCUGGGGUGAGAGUGGGAGCGUCAGGUGAGUGGAGCUGAAGGGGGAGGACACGCUGCGGGGCGCCCCAGUCUAUGGAGCGGGGUAAGAUGGCGGAGGCGGAGAGCCUGGAGACAGCGGCGGAGCACGAGCGGAUCCUGCGAGAGAUCGAGAGCACCGACACGGCCUGCAUCGGGCCCACGCUCAGGUCUGUCUAUGAUGGUGAGGAACAUGGACGAUUCAUGGAGAAGCUUGAAACUCGCAUCCGCAAUCAUGACCGAGAAAUUGAGAAAAUGUGCAACUUUCACUACCAGGGUUUUGUGGACUCUAUUACUGAACUGUUGAAAGUGAGAGGAGAAGCCCAAAAACUCAAAAAUCAAGUGACGGACACUAAUAGAAAACUACAACAUGAGGGAAAGGAACUGGUAAUAGCAAUGGAAGAGCUGAAGCAGUGUCGACUACAACAGAGAAAUAUUUCUGCCACUGUUGAUAAAUUAAUGCUGUGUCUUCCAGUUCUGGAGAUGUAUAGCAAACUGAGGGACCAGAUGAAAACUAAAAGGCAUUACCCUGCACUGAAAACUCUGGAACAUCUAGAGCAUACCUAUCUGCCUCAAGUGAGCCACUAUCGAUUCUGCAAGGUGAUGGUGGAUAAUAUCCCUAAGCUUCGUGAAGAAAUUAAGGAUGUCUCUAUGUCUGAUCUCAAAGACUUUCUGGAGAGUAUCCGCAAGCAUUCAGACAAAAUUGGAGAGACUGCCAUGAAGCAAGCCCAGCAACAAAGAAACCUGGAUAACAUCGUCUUGCAACCACCCAGAAUAGGUAGCAAGAGAAAAGCUAAGAAAGAUGCAUAUACAAUUUUUGAUACGGAGAUAGAAAGCACUAGCCCCAAGUCUGAACAGGAUUCAGGAAUUCUGGAUGUUGAAGAUGAAGAAGAUGAAGAAGAGGUACCUGGGACCCAAGAUUUGGUGGAUUUCUCUCCUGUUUAUCGAUGUCUACACAUAUAUUCUGUCCUGGGUGCCCGGGAAACAUUUGAGAACUAUUACCGAAAACAGAGGCGAAAACAGGCCCGUUUGGUGCUCCAGCCUCCAUCUAACAUGCAUGAAACUUUAGAUGGCUACAGGAAGUAUUUUAAUCAAAUUGUAGGCUUUUUUGUGGUUGAAGAUCAUAUUUUACAUACGACCCAGGGCUUAGUAAAUAGAGCCUACAUUGAUGAACUAUGGGAAAUGGCGCUUUCCAAAACCAUUGCCGCACUCCGUACCCACUCGUCUUACUGCUCUGAUCCAAACCUCGUGUUAGAUUUGAAGAACCUCAUUGUGCUUUUUGCUGAUACACUUCAGGUUUAUGGUUUUCCUGUAAAUCAGCUUUUUGAUAUGCUAUUAGAAAUUAGAGAUCAAUAUAGUGAAACUCUGCUAAAGAAGUGGGCAGGUAUUUUCAGAAACAUACUUGACUCUGACAACUACAGUCCUAUACCAGUAACAAGUGAAGAGAUGUAUAAAAAGGUGGUAGGACAAUUCCCAUUCCAAGAUGUAGAGCUGGAAAAGCAACCAUUUCCAAAAAAGUUUCCUUUCUCUGAAUUUGUGCCAAAAGUUUACAGCCAAAUUAAAGAAUUUAUAUACGCCUGUCUGAAAUUUUCAGAAGAUCUUCAUUUAAGCACAACUGAAGUUGAUGACAUGAUUAGAAAAUCUACAAACCUGUUGCUGACCAGGACUCUGAGCAACUCUCUGCAGAAUGUCAUUAAAAGGAAGAAUAUUGGACUAACUGAGCUUGUCCAGAUUAUUAUCAAUACAACACACUUGGAGAAAUCCUGUAAGUACUUGGAAGAAUUCAUCACAAAUAUCACCAAUGUGCUUCCAGAGACAGUCCAUACCAGCAAGCUGUAUGGCACCACGACUUUUAAGGAUGCCAGACAUGCAGCUGAAGAAGAGAUUUAUACCAACUUAAAUCAGAAGAUUGACCAGUUUCUCCAGCUGGCCGACUAUGAUUGGAUGACAGGAGAUUUGGGAAACAAAGCUAGUGACUACCUAGUAGACCUCAUUGCCUUUCUACGUAGCACCUUUGCUGUAUUCACACACCUUCCUGGAAAGGUGGCUCAAACAGCAUGUAUGUCAGCUUGCAAGCAUUUAGCCACAUCCUUGAUGCAACUUUUGCUGGAAGCUGAAGUAAGGCAGCUCACCUUGGGAGCAUUACAGCAGUUCAACUUGGAUGUCAGAGAAUGUGAACAGUUUGCCAGAUCCGGCCCGGUGCCUGGGUUCCAGGAGGACACGCUGCAGUUGGCCUUCAUCGACUUGAGACAACUUUUGGAUCUCUUCAUCCAGUGGGACUGGUCAACCUACCUUGCUGACUACGGUCAGCCCAACUGCAAGUACCUCCGUGUAAACCCAGUGACAGCUCUGACCCUGCUCGAGAAGAUGAAGGACACUAGCCGCAAGAACAACAUGUUUGCACAGUUUCGUAAAAACGAGAGAGACAAGCAGAAGUUGAUUGACACCGUGGCCAAGCAGCUCCGCGGGCUCAUCAGCAGCCACCACUCGUGAAGGCGGCCUGGCUGCGGCCCACAGUCCGGCCCGGGCCUGGCAGGCCCUGCGUUUGUGCAUUCUUCUUCAGAGAGAGAAAAUGUAUUUUUUUAAUAACCUGUGUACAGAAUCCGCAUAACCUUUCCCCAUAGUAAUAGAGGCACGAGAGGAAGCCAGCACGAGAGACGUUGCUGGGCUGGGACUUGGGAGUCUUCGCUACACUGUCUGUGUCAUCAUAGAGGUGGUGGUGCCGUCAGUCCUGGACGAUGAGCACCUUUCGCCGCGGCUCUGGCGCUUAGGUCUGGGCCUCAGCUAACUAUACAAACACAGUGGGCACUUGGCAGUGGAGGGGAAGUGAGCAGGCAAAAGGAUGAUACAGUAUAUCCUGUUCACCCCUGGGGACCCCAUUCAUCCUAGGUGGGGCCAAUGCAAGGCCAGGGCCUGCACAGCGUUGCUGUUUAGUGUGGGGAAGGCCACACAGUCCUGGGGGUGCCUCUCCUCCUUCCGCUCUCACUUGCCGGUGACAAGCGUGGCAGGUGUCAAGGUGACAACUUCCCUCUGGUCCCCCACGGAGAGCAGAUUCUUUAGCCUGGAUCUGGCCCAGUGCUUCUGCUGCUAGUUCUUCUGUGACAGGAUAGAGCAGGGGUCCUAUCUGGACCCCAUGGCUCACUGUAGGGGCCCCAGCCCCUUCCCCAUUCAUCUCAUUUCCUUCUUUCAGGGCGCGGGUCACCAGUUACUCCUCACAGAGUCCCAGACUGGCCUCCCCGCAGUGUCAUGGGGGGAGGUCAGAUUCCAGAAGUCUGAAAAUGGCCCUUACUUGACCCUUAGGUAAAACCUUGAGAUUGUUCCUUUGUGUUUUAAAAUCAGCUUUCUGGCCACCAUCUUUAAAGGAAAUGUCACCAGCUCUGCACCAUGGGGGCAGCCACUAGUGAUGGAGCCACUGUCACCAUGAAGGGGUGUCUCCUGGCUAGUGGUUUGCCACCUCUGGCCCAGCCACCCCUCCCUCAGUCGUAUCCUGGGUACGGAAGCUCUAGCUCUGGCCCCAGGCUCCCAUCCCCUUCUGAGACCCCCACAGCCAUCUGUGGGCCUUGUCUGAGAAACACUAUCUAUGAUCCUAACCCCCAAACUCGGGAGCGAGCUCAGAGAGCCGCACCCACCAGCUCGGAGACUGUCCGCUGGCCCCGCUGCUCCUGAGGCUUAUGCAGGGGCUGUGCUGUGAGGCCACUCAGAGGAGCCUGCACUUUGAGACACUUCAGGAAGUUCCCAUUGGGGCUCCUGGCAAGAGUAUAAUUGCGCAUCACAAACAAUUACAAGUGAGCCACACAGGUAUUUCCAGCCGGGCUAUGUGAGGAGACACUCCCAUGUCCCAUCAAACAGAAUCCUCGCCUCCUUUGUCAGCUGCCGAGUCGCUUCUGGGGAGGGCAGUGCUUCCUUUGUCAUUCCCCACCCCCAGCCCCUCCUUCACUCAUCACGACUGGAGAACACCGGGAAGAGCAUAUGCAGGGACACGCAGCCUCCUCCAGCCGGGACCGGGCUGCGCGUGUGCUCGCUCUGCAGGUGCCUCCGGAGGCGCCCCUGGGCUGGGCGGGUGGGCCAGGGUCUCAGGAGGAGGGUUGAGGAGGAGUGCUGCCCCCAGAACUUCAAAGGCCAAGGAAAGGCAGGGGCCCGUGGGAAUGACACCAAGAUGCCAUCUCCCAAGCCUUGGAUUUUAUUGGAAAAAGCCAGGAACGGUGACACUAAUCUGAGUCCGGUUGCUUAAAAGGGACCCAAACGCCCUCCUUCCCUCUCCUCGGUUUGCAGCGAGGUCCCUGAGCUUUGAGCACCGAGACUGUGAGGCGGGAACGGGGUGGACCUUAAGCGCACCAAUGUUUGUCUUUUUGCCAGCAUUGCUGGCCUGGUCUCAGACCUGCCCCUGGAAAGACUGCUAGAGAGGAAACCUAGGCGGCGAGAGAGGGUUGUCCUGCCCUUUGCUCACAGCCCUGCCUCCAAGGAAAAGCCUGUUCAAGCUCAAGGUGACCCUGUGGCAGCUCUCCUCUCUCCCAGCCCACCUCCGUCUGAGCUGUCUGUAGACACACUGUUCCCGGGCACAGGAAGGUAAAAUCAGGGGCCAGCAAUGCCCAAGUUUGCGUUGGUGAAGCAGGAUUUUCUACUUUUGUCUGGAGGCCUCUCACUGGGCCAGCCCUUGGGAGGACCUGUGCCCAAGCCCCUCAGACUCCGGAGCUCUGGCCUCAGAUGCCCGGAGAUGCACAAGUGCCUGGAGCCUCAACAAGAGGGCGAGAACAUGGGUGGCUGGGAGCCUACCAGCCUUCUAGUUGGCAUAAACCCUUGGCCAAGUUCUUGGGGGAACCAGGUUCAUGUUUCUGAAAGGACAGUGUGGUUUGGGACCCUGAGGUUUCAGUAGUAACAGAGGGACCUUGCAUAGUUUUAACAUUCGGCGGGAAGUCUCUCUGAGUAGAUUGUAAAUGAAGCUGUUGGUCGGUGGGGAAAGCAGGACCUGGAACCUGGAACCGGCAGAAUCCCUGUUGGCAAAGGGAAUGCAGAGCUUCCGGGGAGCGAUCCCCAGUGUCUCCUGGCCUCCGCCGCCUCGCUGCCCUGCACACCUGGCACGUGCUUGCUCAGCAAGUCCAGACCCAGGGCCCUUUGUCCCCGAGAUUGGCACUGGCCAGGACCUUCCUCUGAGGUCCCUGAGCACACGCGCUGGGCCCGCUGCAGAAACCCCCUCAGCCUCCCUCCUCCCAGGGCUCUGCUCCUGGCGGCUCAGUUGCCUCUUUUCUUUUUCUCUUUUUUUUUUUUUUGCCUAAAUUCACAAUUCCUUUUCACUCAUAUGUUGGAAAUGGCCUUUUUAUUUUGCACAAAUAGUUGCACAUUUACUACAGAAAUUUAGGAGAGUCCAUUUUUAACUCUAAAGGGAACUUUUUAAAAACUGACUAGUAAAGCUACUGAGGCAGAUGGGCCUCCUGGUUAUUGGAGAACCUCCUGUGUGUAAAGAGCAUGUCAUUCCUCCUGUACAUUCUCCUCUUUCACCUGCUAUUAAAGGAGAAAGCCUCUGCCUGUUUCAGAAGCCA